CGAAAACGUAUUCGAGAACGAAUGGUGCCGACAGCACGUGAACAGCAACUCUUCGAGAAACUCAAAAAAUCACCCAGGAGACUGCGAUCGGCAUAUCACGAUGUGAUGGUUAGUGUUUGGGUGAUCAGGGAGAUCAUGGGUGAUCAGGGGAUAUAG